UUCUUCUUUCUUCUCGACACUUAGAGAAAAAAGGAGAAACUCUUGACUCAACACAGAGUCACCUUCUCCGAUUCUAGUCUCGCCGUCUCUGAUUCCAAGCCGCACCGUCUCCCGUCUCCCGCCUCCCGCCUCAAUCUCACAAAUCUCAAGAUGAACUCAACAAGAGUACACGGAACGCAUGUUGCGUCUCCUCCUAUGCCUCCUGGUGCUAUUGGACCCGUUUUUAACCAUGCUGGAUCUCCUCAUAUGCCCCCUGGUGCUACUGGACCCGCUUUUAACCAUCUUGGAUCUCCUCCUAUGCCUCCUGGUGCUAUUGGACCCGCUCUAAACCAUACUGCUUCCUCAUCUCGUUCCAACAGCUUCCCGCAAAUGACCCUUAAUGCAAUGCUCAACUCACCUUUACAGCCACAUCUCCAUCCUGAUAAGCUGAAUGGAGCUUUAUGGUUUGGUAUUGACCCAUCUGUCCAUGCUUUCAUCCGUGCAACUUGGCAAGGAUACUACAUGGGUCCUUGGAAGAGUUGGAGGAAGGUUCCUGAGGAAAGGAAGGAUUCAUGGUGGCAAACGUUUGUGCAAAAUUUCUACUGGGAGUCUCAGUUUGAUGACUUGGUCUACGGUCUGUGGAAGAAAGAAACUUGGACAACCAUUGGUGAAAAGAUUAGCAAGAAGAAGAGGCAACACAAGAAGCCAAAGUACAACAGUGUUAGCGACUGGACACUCCUUCUGGAGUAUUGGGCAACUGAUUCAGCUAAAAAGAAAAGCAAGAAGGCUGCUACCAGCCGCAAGUCUGAUCCGGUGGGUAAAGGUUGCCACAAGCAUAAUGCAGGACCUAGGUCUUUUGCAAGGAUAGCGUAUAACAUGAAGCAAGCGUCUGCUACGGGAGAACCACCAUCCUACACUGCCCUUGUCAGGAAGACACACUCCAGAGCAGAUGGGACUUUUGUGGACUAUCGUGCUGAAGAACUGGUAACUCAGGCCGAGAUGGAAGCCACACAGCUCUCUAACACUGAAGGAUCACCCGGGAGUCCAAGUGCAUCAUCUGCUCCUUCUCGCCUCAUGUUAAACAAAGCUUAUCUGAAGAAUGCCAAGAGUAAGAGGGGAUAUGUUUACGGACUGGGCAGUGAACAAUACAGGGAGCAUGUGCCUUCUACACGCGUCCCCAAUGGUCUUGCCUGCAACCUGGAGCUGGAGAUGCGUGUGGGCGGUCUUGAGACAAGCCUCCAACGUGUCACUGCUGAUGUUGCUGGGGUGAAGCAGGACGUUGCUGGGGUGAAGCAGGACGUCUUAGACAUGAGGCAGGACUUUGCAUCAACAAGGGAAGCAAUCAAUCAGCUCCUCCAAACACUUAGGCCCCCGCAAGCACCUACUGGACAGACUUCUGAUCAGCCUUGAUCAGCCUCAAGCACCAACUGCUCAGCCUAAUCCUCCCAAUGGCAUUUAGAAGUUGGUUGUUUAUCUUAUAACCUCUUUUGUAACAAGGUCUUUUGAUAGUCUUCUUAGACUC